GAAAUUCAUUUUAAUCUGUAAAAACACUUCAUUUAUGUUGUAGAAGCUUCAAUUAAUGCCAUUAGAAAGCUUCGAAAGCAGAUGCAAUUCCGUAAGGCACGUUGAUCCGUUUCGGCAACCGGAGUUUUAAAUGUGGAGUGGAUUAUUAUUGUUCUUCCGGAUUAAAGAUCUCCCGCGUCUUCCAUGAUCGUUACUGCAAUUACGAGCGAGUAAUUUAACGUGAUCAUUCAUCUUUCCUUUUGGAUUUUGGAAUUCGUGUUGUUUGGUGGGCUAUAGAAGCAUGGAGCAGGAGAGAAGCAUGCCAGUUUCAUUGCUUAGCCCUAGAUCUCCGUCUUCGCAGCCUUAUCUGUCAGUUUCGGUGACUGAUCCUGUGAAAUUGGGCAAUGGGGUACAAGCUUAUAUCUCAUACCGAGUUAUUACAAAGACUAAUUUUCCUGAAUAUCAAGGUCCAGAGAAGAUUGUCAUUCGGCGAUACAGUGAUUUUGUUUGGUUACAUGAUCGGCUUUUUGAGAAGUAUAAAGGCAUUUUUAUUCCUUCUAUUCCAGAGAAAAAUGCUGUAGAGAAAUUUCGUUUUAGUGCUGAAUUUAUUGAAAUGAGGCGUCAAGCUUUGGAUAUAUUUGUAAAUCAGAUAGCUUCACAUCACGAGCUUCAAAAGAGUGAGGAUUUGAGAACCUUCUUGCAGGUGGAAGAAGAGACCAUGGAGAGGUUGAGGUCUCAUGAUUCCGGAAUUUUCAAGAAAAAGCCAGCUGAUUUAAUGCAAAUGUUCAAGUCUAAAGUAAGUGACAUUGUUCUUGGAAAAGAAAAACCAGUGGAAGAGUCAAAUCCUGAAUAUGAAAAGCUAAAACACUACAUCUUUGAGCUUGAAAACCACUUGACUGAAGCCCAGAAGCAUGCAUUUCGACUUGUGAAAAGGCAUAGAGAGCUGGGACAAGCAUUAGCAGAUUUUGGAAAGGCUGCCAAGCUUCUUGGUGCUUGUGAAGAAAAAGCUGUUGGCAAGGGGUUCUCAGAACUGGGAGCCAAAUCAGAGAUGUUGUCAAUUAAGUUGCAAAAAGAGGCUCACGAACUUCUGUUGAAUUUCGAGGAACCCUUGAAAGAUUACGUUCGUGCGGUUCAAUCUAUUAAGGCCACCAUAGCCGAGAGAGCCAACGCCUUCAGGCAGCAAUGUGAACUUGCAGAAACAACAAAGCUGAAGGAGAUAAAUCUAGACAGACUCGUGCUAAUGAGAUCAGACAAAGCGGCUGAGGCUGAGGUGGAGUACAAAGAGUUGAAGGCAGCAAGUGAGGAAGCGACAAAAAGAUUUGAAACAAUAGUGGUACUAAUGAAUCAAGAGAUCAUACGAUUUCAGGAACAGAAAACAUUAGACAUGGGGCUUGCUUUCCAUGAAUUUGCAAAAGGACAGGCACAUUUGGCAAAUGGGGUUGCCGACGCAUGGCGAAGUCUCCUUCCCAAGCUCGAGGCUCUAUCGGUUUCGUGAACGACUAUGUCCUGCUACAGCAACAACAUGCUUCAGUAGUCGUCUCGAACAGCCAACACCAAGAUUGUAGUAACCAAAGCAACACCUAUUUAAUUCAGCUGUUUAUGCUCCAUGAUUGUGAUUCUGCUUUUCCAUCUUCUGUGCAGGCCUAAACAUGGUGUUGUAGUGUUAGACAUCGUUAGCAGAUC